AGAAAAGCCAACACAACAAACAAAGAACAGACAGACAGACAGACAAAAACAAAAAACAAACAAAAAAACAGGAACAAAAUGUAUACUUAUUUGGGAAAAUGGAUCAUGGUUAACAACAGCAAAUGUGAAUGCCCCUUCCUACCCACCCACCCAUGAAUGUCUUAUCCAAAUUAAACGUGGCCUCCUGGGGUGUGUCUUCCCUGGGCUUCUACUGGGGGCUCCCAGGAGGGCACGGUCCCCACAGUGGACUGGUUUUGCCUAGGCCCUGCCCAGCAGAGAUCAUGUAUCGCCUCCUGGGGCUGCGGCCCGUCCUCAAAGGUCCCAGACCUCACAAUACCGCCCUGUGGUUGCCACAGGACACCAUGGACUUGGUGUUGUGCCCCCGUGUGGUAGGAAACGGCUCUGUAUCUAGUCCCAUCUGCAGCACCAGAGCGGGAGUGUGUCAAGUCACAGCAAUUAUCUGUGAACUGCUAACCUGGAGAUGCCAGACAGUACAUCCUCUGAUCCUGGCAAGCUACGGGAAGACACAGUCAAGUGGCGUCAAAUAUUUUAAGAUGGCAGGUUGGACCAGGCUUGCUUUUUUCAAAUAGUCCAAUAACAUUUAGCUCAAACCAGUCAACUUCAAGUCAAUGUAAAAACAAAAAAACAAAAACAAAACAAAAACAAAAACCAACCUUCAUCUGUUACUGACAUUGAACAGAACUGGGCUUCUGUAAGUCCACAAAGGGGCAAAUACGUUUGGCCUCUGUGCCAAGUAGCUUGAUGGCAAGAUGGCAGUUUGGUCUUUCCACUUGAACUGCACUCUACUAGAGCUUUUAAGAUCACACUAAGAGAAGGACACUAGCUUUACUUUGAAACUAGGCGACAGUAGCCUUAUAACCCUUGGCGGCUACUGAAAAAUACUGUUCUGUGCUCCAGCUGCGAAGCAACCUGUACAAAAAACCAAUCCAGCAGACUUACUAGAGAUGGGGGAGGGGAGCACAAGACAGGGAUUGAUACCAUCUGUGCCACAGAAAACCAGUCCCAAUACAUCUGAACCAUUUCUUCAAAAAUCUUCGGCGCACACAAAGGGCGUCAAUCCUUCCUACAUCCUUCCCAGAGCAGACACAAUCACUUUAGCUACUAAGAGCAGAGGGCUGGUCCAACUGGGGAUCGCAGCCACCAUCGCCUGCUGGGCAGAGUGGGGAAGCAACAGCCGAGAAAGUGGUACUUAACAAGGACUUUCACAAAACAGUUGGCAUGAGUUUAAAAUUUGCAGACUUGGGUAUGUCAUACCAAAAAGCCUGCACCCCUAACCUCACUCUAAACUAGAGCCAUGACUCCCCUCCAUUUAACACUGAAUUUCAAAAGUGGGCAGAGCAGAAGAAUCUUCUGGAAGGGUGUUACGAGCGGACUCGGGAGGUGGGGGUCCGUGUGGAAAGAACAGACGGAUUUUUUUUCCUCUCCUGGCGAAUGAGGAGCGCCCCCCGCCACCCCUCCUCCUCAACAGCGCCCUCCCCACGAAGCGCGCAUGCGCACUCAGAUGGCAGGAGGGUACACGGCCACCAGGGCUGCGGCAGUGCGCCCACAGCGGACUCCGAGACCGGUAGACCUCAGCGAACCCUCGCUCUCCACCACCCACUCUCAGAACCAUGGCCGCAGUGACAGCAGCUUCAGCAGAACUGCUAAUCAUCGGUUGGUACAUCUUCCGCGUGCUGCUGCAGGUGUUCCUGGAAUGCUGCAUUUACUGGGUAGGAUUCACUUUUCGAAAUCCUCCAGGGACACAGCCCACUGCAAGAAGUGAGGUGUUCAGGUACUCCCUGCAGAAGCUGGCACACACAGUGUCCCGGACCGGGCGGCAGGUGCUGGGGGAGCGCAGGCAGCAAGCCCCCAACUGAGGCCCCAGAUCCCAGCCCUGGGCGGCCAUGUCAUCAAGUGCUCCUGCGCUUCUCGACCAGCAUGGGAGCCAGUGCCGCGCAGUAAUGGGGGGUCCCCUGUGCUCCCUCGUCAGAGGAGCACUUGCCAAGGUCAGUGAGGGGCCGGUAGGCCCCUGGAGAAGCAGCACCGACAAUGAUGAAGAUAUCCGUUCCCUUCCCAAUCCCUCUGACCCUGUCCCACUACCGGAGAGUGGGAGAGGAGGGGGAAGAGGGGAGCAAAUUCUCGAGAUCUGGGCGUAUGCACCACGUUCUGAUCUGAAUCAAGUCGUAACAGCACCAUCUCAGCCACAGGACAGAUCCUACCACAGAGAUCCAACAACCAGCAGAAUGGACAUUCUGACAUCACUAGCUGAAGCCCUGAAUCUCGGUACAGAAGAGAAAACAUCAACUGCAUGCUGCGUGGUGGGGCUGGAGGGUAUGGGUGGGGGAGGAAGUAGGGCUCUCUUGCUGUCCCUUGUCUAUGGCUCGCCUAUUUCUGCCUUGAUCCCUCAUUCCCCCUUUCAACCCGGCCUUCCAAACCCCUCCCCAAAAUGUGUCACUUGAUUCGGCCCUAUUUAACUAGUAACUGAAUUCCACCUUCACCAGAACACCUUCUCCGACCCCUGGGCCUUCACUGAUCUUGCUGUCCCUGGUCUCACGCAGCAGUUGAGGUCAAUAUUGUGGUAGUCACUAACUGUACUGGUUUACAUGUGCAUUAGUUGUGUCUCCCCAGCUAGAUUGUAAGCUCCUGGAGAUCAGGGCCCACCUCCACAAAAAAUAAAAAAUCACCUCUCCUGUCUUGUACAGUGUUAGAAUCAUGCAGGGCAGUGGGGUGCACCAAAAAGUUCCUUUGUGGCUUCUUUUGUGACAGCGUCACACGUCUCUAAAGCUGGGCAAGGUAUCUAUUGUACACCACUUGGGAAAGGGAGGGGGUGACAAGAAGACAAGAAUGAACAAAGACUCUCAAACCUGCCUCACUUCAAUACUGUCCUGAGAUAAAAGACUAUUUCUCAUCCCCAAUCAAAAAAGUGGUAUGCAUCUGUCUCAGAAUAAGGGACAUUUCCCCUUCCCCAGGAUAACAGGUGCAUUUACUUGGUCCUGAGAUAAGGUACCAUGCCCUGGCAGGUUAUCAAUUUGGGAAAGAUGAGGAGAAAGUAAAUGGGGAUGGCUCUCUAAAUGGGAUCCUGAGAACCAUAAGGGCUGAUUUGAGAAUAUAAAGCUAUACCCCAGAACUCUACCCAGGAGCCCCAAGAAACAAUUGCUGAGGAGGAAAAGGGGCACUAGUUUGGACAAGACAUGACUUGACAACUCCUCCAACCAGCUCAAUGCUCCAGGCCCCAGAAUCACCCCCAAGGUCACCUUGCUUGGCUUUCUCAACCCUCCAGCUGGACGACCCCUGCCCCCAGUUUUCUUGGUACAUCCUUACUAGCCUCAUCAGGUGGCCAGUAUGCACUUUCCUCUCCCAUUGACGGCAUCAGGAGAGCGGGCUGGCUGCUUAGUCCCCUCCUUGGUUAGCCAUGGCU